AUGGACAAGUUCUACGGCAGAUGGACGCAAGAGUCGUGUGAGAAUGUCGACGCCUUCCUAGUCGCCCUCAAGAUUGGCUUCCUGCUGCGCACCGCUGCCAAGACGCAGACUCCCACCAUCGAGUUCUCUGCCGAGGGCGACACCGUCAGGUUCAAGACCAUGACGACGUUCAAGACGGACCAGGUCGAGUUUGAGCUCGGCAAGGAGUUCUGCGAGAAGAGACUGGACGGCGUCGAGGUCCAGACCACGGCCGUCAUCGAGGACGGCGCGCUGGUGUUCCACAAGGAGGGCGACAAGCCUUACACCGUCACCUUUCGCACCUGCAACGACAAGCUCAAGGCCACGUAUGCUCUUGGCAAUGUCGUGGCCACGCGCACAUUGAGGAGGAGUUGA